AUAGAUAAAAACAAGUUUCUAAAUAAAAAACACGUGAGAAUGACAGCCGAUGACAACUCGUAAAGAAUUGUGUUGGUCAAAAAUAUUUUGUGUUAUUAUUUGUAUUUGCUUUCUGUUAAAUCACUUUACAACACAUUCCAAAUAUCAUGAAGCAUACAGCUGUUUGAAUAGAUUUAUUUAAAAAUAAACAUGGCACACGAUUUGAGUGAUUACGAUCUCUUCAAGCAGAAAAUAUUAACUCGUUGUUUAAAUUAUGCAAGCACAAAGCAACUAGAGGUUUUAAAGAAUAGCUAUGCCGAUGUAAUCAAUUCGAAUAGACGAAUGGAAUAUAUAGAAUCAUUAUUUGAUUUGAUUAAUAUAUUAGAAAAAAGAAAUAUCGUGAGUUCUGAAAACAGAACCAUAUUAUUUGAUAUAUACUUUCGAUUAACUGGAUCUCAUUACAUAGAUCAUGAUAAUAAUCGAGCGAUACACAACGACAUAAAAAAGGAAAUAGAACCAGAAAUAGCAGCUAAAAAUGUGAAUAUUGAGUUUCAACAAAAUUACUUUCCUCCAGAGAAUAAAACUCAUGAUGUUUUAUACCAAAAAGUUUAUAGUAUGAUUGCAACUGACAUUGGAAAGAAAUGGAAAGACAUGGCUCGUAGUCUUAAUGUUAGAGAAAGUGAAAUAGAUGAAAUAGUUGUAAAAUAUCCUCGUGAUUUAAAAUCUCAAAUUCUGACUGUAUUUAAAGUUGUUGAAGAAAGAGAAGAUAAAACAAGCCUUAUGAAAAUGAUAUGUGAAGCUCUAGAUGCUUCUAGAAGAAAAGAUCUCAGGCAGAAAGUUGAAAAAUUAGCAUUUGAUCUAUUAAAUAUAUGAAUCAUUUUGACAAUAACAAAUCAUCACAUUGGUAUUGAAUUCUAUAAAUAACAGAAAACUGAAGCAAUGUGCUUAAUCGAUGUGAGGUGAUGUUUGAACAGUUAUUGCAAGGACAUGUUUACGGAUUAAAAUGAUGAAUGACGCUUUUGUUUGGAUAUGGAUUUUGCAUUGUCUUUUAAUGGCACACGUUGUUGUCGGAUUAGGUCC